UUUAUAAUUUGCAAUUUUGGUGGCACACAACAAAACAAUGGAUAGCAAUAAAUUAUACGCGCUAAUAUUGCUAGUUCUCGCUAUUAGUGUAGGUGCUAUUAAACUUCCCAUAGCAGAUGAAAUUAAAUUGUUACACAAUGUUUUGCCGAAAGUUCCUACGUUCUCUGAAAUAGCAGAGAAGAACGGGCUUCAGUGUGAAGAGCACAACGUUACAACAUCGGACGGUUACAUCCUCGGGGUGUUCCACAUCCCGGGAGACUCAAAGAAGCCAUUGCUCUUCAUGCAUGGCCUCCUGGACUCCUCAGACGGCAUGAUCCUAAGAGAAGAGGGAUCGCUGGCGGUGUUGUUGGCGCGGGCAGGAUACGACGUCUGGGUGGGGAACAAUCGUGGGAACAGAUACUCCAGGAAUCACGUCUCGCUGGACCCGAACACCGACGACCAAUUCUGGGACUUCACAUUUCACGAAUUCGGCACUUUAGACCUACCAGCCACGAUUGAUUACAUUUUAAAUCAAACAGGACAAUCGCAACUCAGUGCUAUCGGUCAUUCUGAGGGAACCACCAUAUUUUACGUCCUCGGAUCCAAAAGGCCGGAGUACAACGACAAAAUCAAAGUUCUAGCCGCUUUAGGUCCAAUAGCUUAUCUUAACAAUGUGGUUGGACUGGUAGAGUUAAUUAUUAAAUUCGCACCUGAAAUAAACGCUGUGGUCGAAGCGAUAAAUUAUCAAGAAUUGGUAGGUUUUGAUUCGGACAUAAAGUCAAUAUUGCGGCAGAUUUGCUCGAUUCCAAACGUUAGUUACGAGGUUUGCGGUGGGGUUGCAUUCGCGGUGUUGGGAGCAGAUCCAGCUCAGUUGGAACCAGAGUUCGUGCCGAUAUUGAUCGACCAUUACCCAGCGGGAUCGUCAAGAAGGAACGCGGUACACUAUGGACAGCUUGGCAACAGAAAAGAGUUCGCUGAAUUCGAUUAUGGAAGAGAAAUGAAUUUGUUUCAUUAUAAUUCCACCGAACCUCCUGCGUACAAUCUCUCGAAGGUGACGUUCGACAUGGCCCUAUUUUCUGGAGCGAAUGACUUUUUAUCUACUCUCAAAGAUGUGGAAAUCUUAAAAGCGCAACUCCCAAACGUCGUGGAACACCAAAUAAUAGACUAUCCUCUCUGGACACACCUAGAUCAUUUGUAUGGAAAACUAAUGCCACAAUACCUGUUCCCAUUGUUAUUAGAUUUACUUGCUAAAUAUAAUUAGAGCAUUUAAGCUAAACGAUCUGUUAAGUGCUUAUGAGGUGGUAUUCACGUUAUUUUGCAGUGUUAUUGUUCUAUCAAGGUGCCAGAAAUUAACGCUUGAUUAAUUUGACUUUUAAUUCCUAUUUAUACAUACCUUUAUCUAUAGAUAGCUAUGCCUUUAUCCCAUUAAUCCCACUGGUCUCAAUGAGUUUUUCCAUAAUGCGACAUCUAUGUACAGGCUGACAUUUAAAACAACUGCAUCCUUUUAAACAUAAACUAUACCCAUGCUUCUGAGGUGUUUGAGCCUAUUUUUAUUUAAAUUAAACGUCAUCAUUUUCACAUUUAAAAAACCCUCAAAAACUACGUCACACGCUUUAUUAAAGACCAAAAAGAAAUUAAAACUAAACAUGUAAAUAAAUGUCUGAAAAAUAAAUUAUUUUUCUAGUAUCAAGAUCAAGUAAAGUACAGAGUUGUCGAGAUCGCUCAGCUGAAUGAAUUGUGUCGUUGACCUCUGAAUCUUACGCGUCGCUUUUCCGCCGGCCGGGGUGAUAUGACGUAUUUAGGAUCGUGGAUUUUGAUACUUUUAUUUUAUUUCGUACUUUCUGAAAUAUGAACCGAUAUUUUUCUUUUAACGUUUUUAAAUAUCCUUUAUAUGAGUACACUUAACAGUUAAAUUUAUGCAGUUGAAUUAAAAGUCUCCCUGUAUACUACACAUACUUCAUACAGGUCGCGCGGUGGUUAUAGAACGCUCGGCAAAAAUAGUGGGGGCAAUCGGCGCAUGUGUACAUUCGCGCUCAAAAAUGCUAAGGGAAAUGUUUUUUUUUUAUUUAUUUAAUACUAGCUGUGGUCACGCAAUUUCGC